AUGUUUGCUAAUUUAGAAGAAAAAUAUUUUAAUGAAGAUUUAGAAUUUAGUUUUGCAAAUCAACAUAUAUAUUGUCUUGCUUAUAUAAUUAACUUAGCUUUAAAAAAAUUAGUAAUUAAAAUUCAUAAAUCUUCACAAAAACGUGAAUGUCUUAGUUAUCAAUAUUUUAUUUCACAAAUUAAAAAAUUCGAAUUAAUUGAUAAUAUAAAAACAAGAUGGAACUCAACAUAUGAUAUGAUUGAAAGAGUAUUAAAUUUACAACAAUGUUUUAAAGAUGCUACUCUUGAAAUAAGUGCUUCAACUUAUCCUACACUUAGUUAUACUAUUCCUAUUUAUAAUUAUUUAUUAGAUUUAAUUGAAAAAUUUCUUAAAGAAGAUUCUUAUUCUAAUGAUAUUAUUAAUGCUAUUAACAAAGCAAAACUUAAAUUACAAAAAUAUUAUCCAACAACUAAUGGACCUUUAGAAUAUUUUAAAGAUCAUGACUUUAAGGAUGAAACUAUUGAAAAAUAUCAACAAGAAAUUGUUAAUUUAUGGAAAACUAAAUAUAUACCAGCUUUAAAUCAAAAUAAUAAUCAAGCAACUAAUAAUUCUAGUAGACUUAUAGCUUAUAUAGUUAAUAAAAGAAAAUAUACUAAGGUUGAUGAACUUAUAAAAUAUUUACAAGAACCUCCAUCAAAUUAUAAUAUAGAUAUAUUAAUAUUUUGGAAG